CCGAGCCGCGAUGGAGGGAGGCGAGGCGGCGAGCCUGCUGGGGGAGCGCAGCCUGGGGCGGGUGGCCGAGUUCAAGACGUACCGGCGGCGGUGGUUCCUGCUGGCCGCCGUGUGCCUGCUGAACUGCUCCAACGCCAUGCUGUGGCUGACGUUCGCUCCUGUGGCUGAUAAGACAGCUGCCUACUUCCACAUUUCCCUGGAGACAGUCAACUGGCUCUCAAUAGUGUACCUCCUCAUCUCCAUCCCGUUUGGUCUGGUGGCAACGUGGGUUCUCGACAGCGUGGGGCUCCGGUGUGCUGUGAUCCUGAGUGCGUGGCUGAAUAUGAUGGGUAGCAUCACGCGGAUGUUCAGCGUCCUGAAGUUCCUGAGCUUGGGUUCCCGGAGUUACUGGUACCUAUUUAUUGGGCAGUGCCUCUGUGCACUGGCACAGCCUCUUAUCAUCUUUUCACCAACAAAGCUGGCAGCACUGUGGUUCCCAGACCACCAGAGAGCGACAGCAAAUAUGAUUGCAUCAAUGGCCAAUCCUUUAGGCAUCCUUAUAGCAAACUUGUUGUCACCUGCACUAGUUCCUGAAGGAAAGCACAUUCCACUGAUGCUGGGUGUUUAUGCUGUCCCAGCAGUAACUGCCUGUGCCCUGGCAACACUGGGGAUUCACGAGAAGGUUCCUCCCACGCCUCCUUCAGCCAGUGCCACUAACUCCAACUCACAGCCGUUCUUCACGGGGCUCAAAAUGCUCCUGAGAAACAAGCCAUACAUCAUCCUGGCAGUGUGCUUUGGAGGAGGAAUUGGGAUGUUCACCUGCUUUUCAGCCCUGCUAGAACAGAUCCUUUGUGAAAAGGGGUAUUCAAAUGAUUUUGCUGGCCUGAAUGGUGCCCUGUUCACAGUGUGUGGUUUGUUGGGUGCUUUCCUACUAGGCAUGUAUGUUGACCGGACAAGGAAGUUCAUAGAGUCCACCAAGAUUUGUUUCUGUCUGAGUGCACUUGCCAGCAUUGUGUUUGCAGUGGCUUCUCGGUUCAGACAUCAGGCCAUCGUGUUGGCCAUCACCAGCUCACUCUUCGGUUUCUUCGGUUUUGCCAUCUACCCCAUUGCCAUGGAGCUGGCUGUGGAGUGCUCCUACCCCGUGGGAGAGGGCACGUCUUCAGGCCUGAUUUUUGUUGCAAGCCAGGUUGAAGGUGCAAUUUUGAUGAUUCUGCUACAAGCCCUCACUGUCCGUGUUUCUGAGGAUCCCUCCUCCACCUGUGCCCUUGACCAGGAUGGAGCCUUGGACUGGACAACUCCGGUGCUGGUGCUGGCUGGCCUCUGCACUGCUAUGGCUUGUUGCUACGUCAUCUUCUUCCACACGGACUACAAGCGGCUCCAUGCUGAAACAGUCAGUGGUGAUUUGGUCAAGGCAGAAGAUACAGCAACAGCAGAUGUUCCUGAAUCCUAAGCAGGCCAAAAAGGGGAUGCUGAGGACCAAGGGCUCGGACCUGUGGGCAUGGACCAAUGCUCAUCUGGCACACUGGGAUAUCUGGGUCCUGUUGCACAACAAGCAAGACUAGACCAAAGGGCACCUUUGCUGUGCACCCCUCAAUCUUGCUUUUAUUUGGGGAUCUUGGCUGAAAGAAAUGCUGUCCUGACAGAAAGGUCAAAGUGGGACUGGACAACUAUGCAUGUAACUGAAAUUUUUAUCUGACUUAAUUCAAGCUAAAGAAAUGUUGCAGAGGAGGGGAGCAUCAUAUUUCAGCCAUUUUUUUGUUUUCAUGUACUUGGAUCAAGGGUGAAGGUUUCAGAGGGAUGGGAGCUGUGCCUACCACAAACCCAGUGGAAAACUUCUGUUUAAGGGCUGUGGUUCUUGUGCAGCGUAACAACUCUUCUACUCUGAGGUUGGAUCUGAUCGCGUCUCUUAGCUAAAAGGCAGUAGGAGCUAGAGGAUCCUUUCGUUUCAGCAGGGAAGUGAAAGUAUGUAAUACAAGUCUGUUACAAUGAGCCACUUUGUCUUCUCCUGCAGACAGGAGAAGAAAAGCCUUGCCUGCAGUGGUGCCUGUAAGAGAAAAUACCAGCAAGCAGCAGGAGUUAAAUAUGGCAACAUUCCUCACCGAUCUGGUCCCCUGCCGGGUGCUGAGACAUUCAGGUUAAGCUUGUUUCACUUGGGCUUCUGUUUCUCCUCCUCUCCUGCAAUUUCAGUGGUUAAAGUUUUCCACAAGAAGACGAACCUACCUGCUGGUGUAAUAUUAGGGUAG